CAUUGUUUUGUGAUGGGGUCCUGGGCGGGGUGUUGAACCCCCGUUGGCUUUGUUGAGGAAGGAUAUUUCGAUGCUGUACUUGGAGAGCCUUUUUGUUAUGACCUAAGACUGAACACCGUUGUGUUGGCCUGAAUCGCCUAAUUGCAGCGUCGCCGUGGACGGCCCCGCCGCCGCUGCCGGCGGUGACACCAUGUCGGUCGUCGUGCCGAGCACGCUGGACCCGCCGGCGCUGUCGACGCUGGCGGCGCGCGCGCUCGUGCGCCACCCGGGCGCGCUGGGCUCGCGCGGCUCCAACUACCCGUGGGACACCAGCUGGCGCCUGUCGCGCUACGUGAUGCUGACGGAGGAGGUGGCCGACCUGCUGCUGCGCGAGUGCCGCCGUCUCGGGCCGCCCAACAACUUUGUCUCGCUACUGUACGAGGCGGGCCGGACGCGGCGCGUGCGCCUGCAGACGGUGGACGUGCGCGGCCUGCCGGUGGACGCCGGGCAGAUCGUGCGCCUGAUGGCCGACCGGCCGCGCGAGCUGCGCUUCGACGCCGUCGUCGAGUUCACGGCCGCGAGUCUGGCGGCGUUCAACGAGCGCUGCGGGCAGCUGCGGCAGCUGGCGAUGGUCGGCCGCAUGGCGCCCACCACCGUGUUCCUGGACGCCUCGCUGCCGGCGGAGGAGCGCGAGAAGCGGCUGGCACCGGACGCGCCGCCGCUGGUCGCCUGCCCGCGCCUGCGCUCCUUCACGCUGGUCGGCUCGGCGGUGGUGGGCUUUAAGCCGAGCCGCGCCUACCUGGACACGCUGCUGCGCGCCUUCACGCAGCUCACGCACCUCGAGCUGAGCAACGUGUACUCGGAGGUGGACGCGGCGUUCGCGGCGCACAUCCGCGCCACGCGGCCGCUAGCCUUCCUCGGCAUCUACGGCUGCAACGCCUCGCACCGGCAGCAUCUGCCGGCCCUGCGCAUCGGCGGCGACAUCGGCGAGGAGCAGCUGCUGAACACGGCGCGCGCGCACCGCCACCACGUGCUCAUGAUGCCGGACGUGCUGGAGCAGCUGGAGAUGCUGCUGCAGAUGAACCACGGCGUGCAGCGCUGGCAGGAGAUCCUGCACCUGGCGCUGGACGCCAUGGACGAGUUCGCCUUCUACAAGGAGGUGCACAUCCACUGUGGCGCCAUCAUCCAGAAUGUGACGUCCAGCCGCGCCUGGAUGGCCGUGCUGACCGAGGUGGAGCGACAGCGCGUGCUGCGCCAGCUGUUCCGCUCCGUGGCCCUGCACCGCAAGUCGAUCCGCGUGCGCCGCUUCAUCGCCAUCAUCCUGAUGAACUUCGACGUGCCGCGUGAGAUGAUGUUCAGCUUCGAGGGCUUCCUCGACACGCUGGGUCACAUGCUGAGCGGCGUGCUGAACGAGCGGGACACUUUCGUGGAGCGCGUGCUCAUCUUCCUGGUGAACAAGACGUGCUGUGAUGUGGACGGCCAGUGCAAGGUGAUGGUGGGCGAGCGUGGUCUGGUCAAGAUGCUGCUGAAGGCCAUCCACGCGCGCUGCCAGGAGCACAACUGCGACGAGGUGAUGCGCUUCCUCUGGUCCUGCCUCUGGAACGUGACGGACGAGACGCCGCAGAACUGCGAGCUGUUCCUGAGCAACCGCGGCAUGCGCCUGUUCGCGCAGUGUCUGCACGAGUUCAAGACGGACAGCGGCGAGCUGGUGCGCAACAUGAUGGGCCUGGUGGGCAACAUCGCCGAGGUGCCGCACCUGCGCGCGCAGUUCCUCACCAAGGACACAGUCGAGACGUUCCUGCGCCUGCUGAACUACUCCACCGCCGACUUGGAGAUCAGCUACCACGCGGCCGGCGUGCUCUCCAACAUGCUGUCGGACGGCGUGUCCGCCUGGACGCUGGCCGAGCCGAGCUGCGCCGAGGUGAUGUCGCGCCUGGAGCGCGCCAUCCGCGCCUGGAACGUGGCUGCCGAGCGUAGCAUCAACUACCGCAGCCUGCGUCCGAUCAUCCGGCUGCUGCGCUGCGACGUGCCCGAGAGCCAGCUGUGGGCGGCCUGGGCGCUGGCCAACCUGACGCAGGCCAUGCCCGAGCGCUACGGUCGCAUGGUGGAGGACGAGGGUGGCGCGCGGCUGCUGCGCAUCGUGGCGCAGUCUGGCGACGACUCGUAUCUGGUGCGCCUGGCGCAGCAGUGCCUGGACAACGUGCAGCGGCAGCAGGACGGCGCCGCCAGGCAGCCCAUGAGCUGA